AUGGAUUCUGCACUGCCUGCUCUCAAUCAGACUGUGCUGAUCUCUGUACCUGGGCCCUUUGUCUUGCUAGGGGUGCCGGGACUGGAAGCCUUGCACACCUGGAUUUCUGUGCCUGUCUGCCUACUGUAUACGGCAGCUUUGGCAGGGAAUGCCCUUCUACUCUGGCUGGUGGCAACUGACAAGGCACUUCAGGCACCCAUGUACCAGCUACUGGGGCUUCUGGCAAUCACAGACUUGAUUCUGGCCACAUCCACAGUGCCCAAAGCUCUGGCUGUGCUCUGGGGCUUAUCCAGUGAGAUCUCCUUUGGGGCCUGCCUAGCUCAGCUCUUUGUCGCCCAUGUGGCCUUCAUAGCUGAGUCCACAGUGCUGCUGGCCAUGGCCGUGGACCGCUAUGUGGCCAUUUGCCAGCCUUUGCGCUAUGGGGCAUUGCUGACCCAGCGUGUAGUAGGUAUAGUGGCUGUAGCUGCUGUGACUCGUGGUAUCUGUGUAAUGGCACCCCCUGUGGUCUUGCUACAGAGACUGCGUUACUGUGGGCGGCGGGUACUGCCCCACACCUACUGUGAACACAUGGGUGUGGCCCGGCUGGCAUGUGGAGACACACGUCCCAACAUCUGGUAUGGAUUGGCUACCACGUUGCUGUCCCCAGCUCUGGACCUAGGGCUCAUAGGUGCUUCCUACAUCCUCAUCCUGAGAGCUGUCUGCCGUCUGCCAUCCCAUGGUGCCCGCCGCAAGACCCUGGGAACCUGUGGGGCCCAUGCUAGUGUCAUUGUUCUCUUCUACACACCUGCCCUCUUCUCCUUCCUGGCUCAUCGUUUUGGCCAGCACACAGUGCCCCGCCAUAUCCACAUCCUACUGGCUAACCUCUAUGUGGUGGUUCCCCCAGCUCUGAACCCUGUGGUCUAUGGAGUGCGCACCCAGCAGAUUGCUCAGAGGCUCAGGCACUUGCUUCAACUCUUCAGGGCAGGUGCAGUGAGGGAGGUGGGUCCUGAGGGGUUCUCCCCACAGAGAUGA